GCCAUAGGGAAACCGCCAACCGGUUUCGAUAGCAGAGAGACGCGGGAGGAUGCGCGAGCCGACUUGCACUCUUUCGGUCACGGUCUUAGAAGACCGUGCUUUCGGUGCACUCAGUAUAGGGCAUGGCUAAAUGUCUAUUUAGCCAUGGUAUAGGGUUUUUAGUUUUUACCUUAGUGGUAUAUACAAUAUAGGUACAUCUCCAUGAUCAUAACAUAGAUUCACGAUGUAUAAAUCUUCUCUACGCAUCAUGCAUAGAUUUAUCUAGGGAUUUAUCAAUAAUCUGUGAUAAUAUAAAAUGAUAAUAUUUUCAACAUUUGGCUCCAAAAUACAAAUUAUUAAUGAUAAUUUGACAUUUUGUAGAAUUUUUAUUUUUCUAAUCUGUUUUUUUAUGAAAACUUACCAAUGAUUCUAUGGUUAUCACGGCUGUCACGUGGAAAUAUUAAGUAACAAAAUAGACAAAAAUCAAGAUCAAUACACGACCGCUUAUAAUUUAUAAUGACUCGGAUUAAACAAGUUGAACAAAAAAUGAAGAAGAAAAAGAAAAAAACCAAGCUAUCAACUAGAAAUGAAAUGAAAUCUUAUUAUUCUACAGCCAAUCCAUUGAAAUGUAAUACUCAGUUAAUCUCCAUAUCACCAAAAAAAAUCCUUUAUUCAGAAACCAGUGACAAAACCGAAGAUACCUAUUUACAUAAAGAUAAAUUUUCAACUCAUAUUUCUAUUGCAAAAUAUAUUUCAGAAGUCGAAAAAGGAUUAACAUUAUUAAAAAAGAAAAAGAAAAAGAAAGAGGAAGAUAAAAAAAGGGAACAAAAUAAUAAAAAAAUAAAAAAAAAGAAAGCUGCAUUGAAAUCAGAUGAGUUUAAUACUGAGACUUGUAAUGAUAUUUGCAAGAAUUUAAAUAAAGACGUAAUUGACUCUACUAAAUUAAAUAAAGAUGAAUUGGCAACUUUCAUUUCUAUUUCAAAUGCUACAGAAGGAAGUGACAUAGAAUCUAUAUUAAAAAAAAAUAAGAAAAAAGUGAAAAAUAAAAAAAAGGUGCUUAAUAAUAAUAAUUUAGAUAACAAUAAAGUUGUAUUGAAGACAGAAAAAAAUCAAAAGAUUCAAUCAAACAAGGAUUGUAAAGAGGAUUUUUGUUUGAAUGAACAUAAGAAAAAAACUCAAACAACUAAUAAAAGAAAAACAAAAACAAUAAAUAAAGAAACUCGACUAUAUACUACAAAUGAAGAUGAGUAUACAAGAUUGAGAAGGAUAGUAAAAAAAAUUAAAAAGGAAAAGAAAAAAAAUCAACAGAUUCAACUUAUAAAUAAUUUAAAAAAUGAAUAUGAUCCAAUUCAAACAAAGAAGAAAGUUUAUAAAAAAAAAAAACUAAAUGAAUGCAAUGAAAUGCUUUUGGAUUUUAAACAACCCUUCAAAAAAAUUCACAAUUUGGCUGCUACUUCUUUGUGUACAGAUUAUGUAAAUUUUUUAAAAAGUCCAUCAAAAGAAAUUAAAAAAUCUAAGAUUACAACUGAAGAAGAAACUGAGACGUCAAAAGAUGAAACUAAGAAUAAAAUUCAUGAAAAAAUGAAAUAUUUGAAUAAAGUUAUAACUGAUAAUUGCUCAAAAGAAAUAAACAUUGAUACUGAAAUGAUAAACAGUACUCAUAAUUCAAGAAUUUCAAAAAUCCACAAGGAUCCCUCCAAAUUAUUACAUAAAUUAUUAAAGAAGAAGAAAAAGAAGAAGAAGGAGAAGAAAGCUAUAAAGGCCGAAGAGGUUAGUACAGAAAAAAUGUUAACGAAAAAACGGAACAAAAGUAAACGACAAACGAUUGAUCAGGAAUAUUCGACAAAAAGUUACCCUAGAUCAGUAGACAUGACGGAUAAGAGAAUAUACAAUAAUAACGAUCGUGUUUCUAGUGAAGACGGCACUAAAGCCGACACAGAUUUAUAUUUCAGCCGGCAUUAUGAUAAAGAGUCAAACAUUGCCAACAGCUCAUCAACCAAUCACAAAAAUGUUCAUGUAGGGAAAUCUUCUUCCAAGUGUGACGUUUGCUUUAGAACGUUUAUUAGCAAAUCUAAAUUAUGUGUACACAAAAAAACACACACCGGCGAGAAACCACAUGCGUGUGACGUUUGUGGACGAUCAUUUACUACAAAUUCAAAAUUGGUUAGACAUAAUAAAGUUCAUACUGGUGUGAAACCUCAUAAGUGCGACGUUUGUGGAAGAUCAUUUGCGCUAAAUAGCAAUUUAGUUGUACAUUAUAGAACGCAUACCGGUGGGAAACCGUAUGCGUGUGACAUUUGUGGACUAUCAUUUGUCCAUAAAUUGAGUUUGGUUUAUCAUAAUAGAAAGCAUAACGGGGAAAAACCUUAUGCUUGCGACGUGUGUGAACGAUCAUUUACAAUAAAGACUGAUUUGGUUAGACAUAAUAGAGAGCAUACUGGUGAGAAACCAUAUGCGUGUGACAUUUGUGGACGAUCAUUUGCGAGAAAAUUCACUUUGGUUACACAUUAUAGAACGCAUACUGGCGAGAGACCAUAUGCGUGUGACGUUUGUGGACGAUCAUUUACUACAAAUUCAAAAUUGGUUAGACAUAAUAAAGUUCAUACUGGUGUGAAACCUCAUAAGUGCGACGUUUGUGGAAGAUCAUUUACGCAAAAUAGCAAUUUAGUUGUACAUUAUAGAACGCAUACCGGCGAGAAACCGUAUGCGUGUGACAUUUGUAGACGAUCAUUUUCGCAUAAAAGUAAUUUAGUUGUACAUUAUAGAACGCACGCCGGGGAAAAACCAUUUACGUGCGAUGUUUGUGGACGAUCAUUGAAGACGAAGAGUGAUUUGGUUAAACAUAAUAGAAUGCAUACCAGGGAAAAACCAUAUGCAUGUGGAUGUUGUGAAAAAGAAUUCUCAACUAGCGGUCAUCGUUUAACACACAUACUAAAUGUUCAUUUCAAAUGCUUUUAAAUUAUUCACUAUUAUUUUUACCACUAUCAGCCAUAGCUCAUCAUAAACAAAAUCAGCCGUUCAUCACACUACUAGUCCAGAGCAGGAUAUCACUACAUCAUAUGCAUGAUGUUCAUCUAAAUGCCUUUACAUUCACCCGCUCGGUAGUUCAAAACGAACAAGAAGCAAAACCUUACAGCUCGCUGUCAGUAACCAACUUCCGUUGUAUUUUUGUGAAUAAAAAUUGUACACAUCUGAAAUGUGGUACCAGUAAUCACUGACGUCAUCGUUUGUUCCAACACGUUCAUCAGUAAAUAUAAAUUCACAACACACGCCAUAGAAAGUAUCCUUUAUACGUUGUCCUAAAGUACAUUUAAAAAAUCACUUUAGAUAGGUACACGUACCAUAACAAUCAUAAUACAGCAUAUAUACCUAUAAUGACACGGUGAUAAUGAACUAUGGAUAGUUAUUAUUAACUCGUUAUAAAUAUGAAUAAAGUUGUGUACAAGUACUUGAUAUGUAUAGACAUAUUAUUUGGACUCCAUCCACGAUGUACUAUCAAUGAAAAUUGUCUAUAUUAAAGACGGCGAUUGUCAAGUAAUAAACAGAUAGUGGUUUGAAUGAAAUUAGAAAAUAAUGUAUUGUACAUACUUGCUAAAACAUUGGUAUAAUUUAUUUCAUCAAAUAAAUAAAGAUAACAUUAAUUUUUUCAAAGUAAGCUUAUGUUUGUACAUAAUAUAUUUUAUUAAUAUCUAUAAGGGCCAUUUUAGUUGUACAAUUUAAAUUUAAUGUAAUAUAUUAAUCUAUAAAAUAUAUAUUUGCCCAUGAGACUUAAAAAUUUGUAUUCUUUUUUAACCAAAUUAUGUCCAAUAAAUUAAUGCAAAUGCCCCCGCUGAAAUUUCUUAUGCGCUCCUGACCAAUACAAUUUUCAACAAAAUCUACCUAUUAAUUAAAUGCACAAUUGCUCAAUACUCGUUAUGAUUAUCACACCUAAUAGUGUUCAGUAAAAUUAUAUUUUAAAUAAUAAUAUUUUUCAAUAUAUGAUGAUAAUGGCGGCUGGAUUACGAUAUAAUCUAAAAAUACUAAAAUAUUUGAAAAUUAUGGUAUGUUACUAAAUGCAUCAGAAAAAUUGAUUGAACAAAUGUAUAACUAUUUAUCAAUAUCUGAAUAUGAUAAAGACUGUAAUAUCUGAGUCUUUUAAAUCUGUAGCUUUGAAUAAAAAAGAAUUGGUGAAACUCUAAAUCUGAACUUCUUGAAACUAAUUUAAGUCA